AUGGCUCCUGCAGCCUUAACGCGAAUCGCCGGUUUUCUCGGAUUUACAUCACUCAACGCAACAGGACGAGAUGCAUACAUUAUUAUUACACUACGGUCAUUAAGAAUGUUCACGGCAGGCAUUCCGUCGCUGAUUCUUGCCCUUUUCUUCUCCUCGCUCAAGUUUCCGGAUUCAAGAAUUGGGGUCUUCAUGACAUUGACUUUGUUGGGAGAUGUCCUGCUGUCAUUGCUGCUUACUCUCGUAGCGGAUAAACUCGGAAGGAGAAGGAUUUUGUUCAUGGGUAGUGUAAUGAUGGCUUGUUCAGGUGUUGCAUUUGCUCUGUCGGAAAAUUUCUUCGUCCUUCUGGUUGCGGCGGUGUUCGGCAUCAUCUCUGUCACUGGUGCGGACUGUGGCCCUUUCAGGGCUGUCGAGGAGAGCAUUUUGAGUGGCUUGACAGAUGAGACAACAAGGAGCGAUGUGCUCUCAUGGUAUGUCACAGCGACAACCAUGGCUGGAGCUGUUGGUGCGGAAGUCGCAGGAAGAACAGUACAUGCUCUCGAGAAGAGCAGCGGCAACGUGACUAAAGCAUAUCAUGCUCUCUUUUGGGGCUAUGCAGCCUUCGGGGUGCUUGGAAGCAUUCUUUGUCUCGGUCUCAGUAGCAGAUGUGAAGCUGCUGGUGAAAAGACUGCGGAGAUGAAAGAACGAAGACGUGGUGGCGGUGGUGAUGAUGGUGAAGAGGAAGAAGUACUACUAGAGGCCAUGACACCAAGCACAACGGAUGAAUUCGAUCAAGACCGCGAGAAUGUAGGACGACCAGCAAACAUCAGGAGCCCACCACUACAGAAGAAACAGAGCUACUUCAGCCAAAUCUCAAAAACUACACGAUCUGUCAUGUAUAAGCUUUGGAUUCUCCUGGCUGUCGACAGCUUAGCAGACGGCAUGACACCCUAUUCACUAAUGAACUACUACGUCGACCAAAAAUUCCACGUUUCGAAGUCCACGCUUGGAGAUAUCACUUCAGCUUCCCAGUUUCUCUGCGCCUUUGGAGCGAUCUUUGCCGGGCCACUAGCUAAACGUAUCGGCUUGAUCAACACUAUGGUCUUCACCCAUCUUCCUUCUUCGAUAGCUAGCGCCUUCAUCCCACUUCCUUCAAGCGUCGGCUGGACAGUUGGACUGCUACUUUUCCGAGCUACUCUGAAUAGCAUGGAUCAAGCUCCACGUACAGCUUUCAUUGCUGCAGUUGUGAAGCCUGAGGAGCGUACAGGAGCCAUGGGUAUCACGAGCAUGCUGCGGACUUUAGCCAUGAGCGUCGGACCAUCGAUCACAGGAUUCCUUUCUGGAAGCAAUAAUUUUUGGGUGGCUUUCCUGGCUACUGGAAUCUGCAGAGUCACCUACGAUAUCGGACUGUGGAUACUUUUUGUGAAUGUGAAGGUAAACAAGGACAUCGGACAAGAAGAAGACGUGGACAGCGUUGACGACGAUACUUGGAAUGGACUGCUCAGUGAUACGGAGAGCGAAAUCAGUAGUGAAGGAAGGAAGAGCAAGGAUAUUGAUCACGGAAGCAGGGUAUAG